AAAUGUGAGCUCUGCCGACAAUGAAUUGGGUAAGGGUAUCGCUGACGUCAGACGCAAAACGUUGGGCGUUCGUGGGAGCGAGAGGGAGGCCGCGAAUUCUGAUUCAAGACAUCGCUGACGCCGCGGUGCAGACGCUAUGAGCAAGGCUCAUCCGCCAGAGUUGAAAAAAUUUAUGGACAAGAAGUUAUCGUUGAAAUUAAAUGGUGGCAGACAUGUCCAAGGAAUAUUGCGGGGAUUUGAUCCCUUCAUGAAUCUUGUGAUCGAUGAAUGUGUAGAGAUGGCAACUAGUGGGCAACAGAACAAUAUUGGAAUGGUGGUAAUACGAGGAAAUAGUAUCAUCAUGUUAGAAGCCUUGGAACGAGUAUAAAGAAUGGCUGUGUUCAGUAGAGAAAUCAGUUGCUUCCACAUGUCCUCUCCCCAAAAGGCCUUUUUUUACUGUGAUGUAAUAAUUGGGUCGUGUACAAUUCUUCAUAUUAAAAUGUUUUGUUAAACUUUUGUAAUUGUCAAAAAUGUUUUCUCAAGUGCUCUGAAUAUAAAAAUAGAGUAUUAACUUUUAUUCUGAUUGUUUAUAAUAAACUUUUCCUGAUGCUUGUAAGUUGAGGCUGAUUUCAGAUGUUUUUCUGCAUUAAAAUGGAAGAAUCUUAUUGAAUGUGAAACAUGGUAGAUUGAGUGGGUGGCUGUUUCUGAAAUAUUAACUGCAAUUUUCAAAACUUAGAAUAGUAACAAGUAUAGUACAACAGAAGUAAAACACAGGAAGUAAUGAUAUCAUUUGUUUUUAAUGUAAUUAAGUGGGAAAAAAUUUUUGAAUACAAGAGUACAAACAGGAUUCCAGAGAAAAACAUUGCAGUGUAUUGUGGUUCAUUCUUUGUAAAGUAGAGAAGGGUAGUGAGAUUGCUGCCCAUAACAUAUUCACUGAGUUCAUGAAUAGUACUUUAUGGCUAUGUGUUAGAAUCACCUCAGGAACUCCAAGACACUACAAUGCCAAGGCCCCAUCCCCAAUCCAUUUAAUCGGAUUCUCUGGUGAUGGGGGACUAACAGUAUUUUUAAAAGCUCCUCAAAGGAGGAUUUGAUUAAAGAAUGCCGAUUUCUUAAAUAACCCAUAUUUGCUUUUCAUUGUACGUGAGAUUUCUGAAUGACAUCUUAAAGUUGUACUAGUAAGACUUCUGAAUUUCACCCCUAAUAAAAGUUGACAGAAGCAAUCAAAAUAUAACACUCUGAAAGUCAACACUUUAGGCAUGGGCACAUUUAAUCAGACAUAAGAUACCAGCUCCCAUAGUUUUGAUCUAACUGAAGACCAUGUCAGGCUGUGAAGCUCAAAUGUCCUAAUGUCCAACAAAGAGGGAUAUCCAGCCACUCAUACUUCCUCAAGUGCUCAGUUUAAAAUACUGUAAGGUCUUCAAAAUCCAGGGCCCUACACUCAGACCUGAAUCAGAAUUUCCAAGACAGCAGCUUGAGAAUCCAUAUGUUUAGCAAACUGUAGGUGAUUUCUUAUGAUCACCUUAGUUUGGGGAACACUGAUAAUGGAGAUUGCAAGAAAAGUUAAGAAAUGUUGUAGAUGGCAAAAGUGCAAUUGUUAUACCAUCAUAAUUAGAACCUUGUAUUUUCUCAUGACCCACAGGUAUUACUUUUGUUAAACAAUGAUAAUGGCAAAAUAUCAGAUUCAAAGUCA